GCUCCCGGAUUUUUCACGCCUUGUACAGUUUGCACGGCGUAAAUCCCGUCCGAUCAACGUCAUAAAAAUCCCAACAAAAACGAGAUGCAUCAAUCAACAUCUCACAACCAAAACAGAAAGUGUUCGUUGGAGCUAUUUUUGGUCCAUGAAUACUUACUUUUCAUGUCAAUCGCCGUCUUACUCACGUUAUUACUCCCACUUUCCCCUAUUAUUAUAUACCUUUGCCACCUUCUUAAAUAAAACUGCUUGCUUCGAGAUCUGUAGUGUGGUGGGUUCUCUUCUUUCUUCUUCUUCUUCUUCGCCAUUGACUUGAGAAAAUAUAAUGGAGAUGGAGAUCAAGAAACCAAAUGGAGUAUCAGAUGUUGGUGCAUGGGCCAUGAAUAUUGUAAGCUCGGUUGGAAUUAUUAUGACCAAUAAGCAGCUCAUGUCCUCCACCGGAGGAUAUGCUUUCACAUUCGCCACAACAUUAACCGGAUUCCACUUUGCUGUAACCGCUCUUGUCGGGUUUGUAUCAAAUUCUACCGGCUACACUGCAUCAAAGCAUGUUCCUUUGUGGGAACUUCUGUGGUUUUCUGUCGUUGCAAAUAUGUCCAUCACCGGGAUGAACCUCAGCCUCAUGCUAAAUUCAGUUGGAUUCUACCAGAUAACAAAACUGAGCAUGAUUCCAGUGGUUUGUGUGAUGGAAUGGAUCCUUCAUAAUAAACAAUACUCAAAGGAAGUCAAAAUGUCUGUUCUGGUCGUUGUUAUAGGCGUCGGUGUUUGCACUGUCACUGACGUCAAAGUUAACGCUAAAGGUUUUAUAUGCGCUUGUGUAGCUGUUUUCGCGACAUCAUUGCAACAAAUUUCAAUAGGCUCAUUGCAAACCAAGUACUCUAUCGGUUCAUUCGAAUUAUUGAGUAAGACGGCUCCUAUUCAGGCCCUCUCGCUCCUUAUAUUUGGGCCGUUCAUCGACUAUUAUCUAAGCGGAAAUCUUGUAUCAGAUUACAUGAAAACCAUAUCGUUUGGGGCAGUCUUGUUCAUACUCCUUUCAUGCUCGUUGGCGGUUUUCUGCAACAUUAGCCAGUAUCUUUGCAUAGGGCGAUUUUCAGCCGUUUCGUUUCAAGUUUUGGGUCAUAUGAAAACCGUGUGUGUUUUGACUUUGGGUUGGCUUUUGUUUGACUCAGAGUUGACUUUCAAGAACAUUAUGGGGAUGCUUGUUGCUGUUGGUGGCAUGGUGAUCUAUAGUUGGGCAGUGGAAGUUGAAAAGGCUGAUAGCAAAGCAACACUAGUUGUUCAAAACAGUUUAACUGAAGAGGAAUUGAAUUUGUUGAAAGAUGGAAUGGAAGAUCAUACAGUCAAGCUUGGUGAAUCUAAAGAAACACAAGUUUUUGAAAUUUAAUUAUUUGUUUUUGUUGUUUAUUAUUGGGUUAUUGGAUUUUAUCACCCUGGUUAGUGGCCGCUGCCACCUCCAACUAUCACUCUGAUGCCCACCACCCCCAACUUAACACUUAGUGUGUUCCGUUACCACGUCGUUAACUGAUCACUAACUUCUGAUGUUGUUACUAUACUUUUGAGGGUGUGCUAAGAUCCCUAAACCUUCCUAAGAUCCUUAUGACACCCGAAAAGUAUAGUAACAUAAUCGAAAGUUAGUGAUCAGUUAACAGCUGGUGACAGAACACACUAAAUGUUAACUUGAAGGUGACGGGCGUCAAAGUGAUAUUUAGGGGUGGCAGCGGCCAAUGGCCAAUAAUUAGGGGGGAUAAAAUCCAAUAACCCUUUAUUAUUCCAUAUCUAGUGUACAAUUAAGAAACGGAUUUUAUGACUAGUUUAUUUCUGUUUUUAGUAAUUAAAACAUUAUAUUAAAUUAAAACACUAUAAA